CCAGCCCCAAAUGAAACAGAAACUAAGGCACGAUUCGAUAAGUUUGUUGACGCUUUUAUCUACCAGAAGACUAUCGCCGCGGCGUUUGGAUCUAUUGAUAAGAAUUACAUCAACCACAAUCCGACGGCGAAAAAAGGGUUCGAUUCCGCGUGGAAUAUUUUGAGUCCGAUUUGGGCGAGUCAAAAUGUCACACCGCUGCGGACAUUGUUCAAGGGAAAUCAAGGGUGGUUGAAUUACGGAUCUUGGGAGGCUGUGGAUCGUUAUGGGAUAAUGGGUGUAUUGUGGAACAUGUACGCUGACAAAGUUCUUGCAGUUUGA